AUGCCCCGUAUUGGUUUUGGUAGCUACAAAAUCCGUGGUCAGACAUGCAAAGACGCUGUACUUGCCGCGCUCGCAGCAGGGUACAGGCAUAUCGACUCAGCCGCGCUGUACCGCAACGAGGUGCGCGUGCGCGAAGCAAUCGAACAAUCCGGUGUGCCUCGUGAGGACAUUUUUCUCACUACAAAAGUCGGAAGCCCUAGGCGGAAAGAAGCUCAAGGCGAAAUGUAUCAGGAUGUCGUUGAGACGGUGGACCGUAUCGCUGGAGAGGAUGGGUAUGUUGACUUGUUACUGAUUCAUGUCCCUGGACCGUCUCGAGAACAUCGGCAGAGGUUGUGGGAGGCUAUGGAGAGAUUAAAGAAAGAGAGGAGAGCAAAGAGUAUUGGUGUUAGUAAUUUCAGAGUGCGGCAUCUUGAAGAGCUCAGGGAGUAUGCUACUGAGUGGCCUCCAAGUGUGAAUCAAAUCGAGCUCCACCCAUGGUGUCAGCAAUGCGAAGUCGUAGCCUUUUGCAAGGCCAAUGACAUUGUUGUAGAGGCAUACAGCCCGCUUGCUACAGGCACUCGGCUGGACAAUACAACAGUUCAAGGCAUCUCGACAAAGCAUGAUAUGACGCCGGCUCAAGUUCUCAUACGAUACUCGCUACAGAAGGGGUGGGUGCCAUUACCCAAGAGCUCAAAGCCGGAGCGUAUUCAGGAGAAUUUCAACGUCUUUGAUUUUGAACUGGAUGGAGAUGAUAUGAAUACUUUGGAUGGGCUCGAUGAGGGCUCAGCGGGUGCUGUCUUUCGGAUGAAUGUUGAUUAG